GUCUACGCGAGAGCGACAAGAAAUAAUCACUAAAUGAAAGCUAACAAAGUUCACACCUUUUACGAAACACACUGUUUACUUUGCCAAUUGACUGGUGGUGCUUGUCAUGGCAAAUAUAGUGUCAAAUUAUCCGCACGAGCGAUGGAGUGAGAGCAAGAGAGCAAGAAAGCAAGAGAGAGAGAGAGAGAGAGAGAGAGAGAGAGAGGGAGAGAGAAACGAGCAACGACAAUUUGCCAUGUUAAUGAAGUGUCGAUUUUAAAAUGCAAAUUGUGAUUUUAUAAUUAGUUAAAAACCAAUUAGAAUAUCCAUAAAAUGGGAAUAUAAACCCCAAUUGAUGUGCUCUCGAUGUGACAUGCUCAACGCAAUUCAGACUUGUGGAAUUAUUUAAUUAUUUCCAUUUUACAGGAGGCAGAAAAAAAAACCCAAGCCUCAUCAAUUGAAUUUUGGAAAUACGGUGGCAACGUGAUGGUAAAAAAUUAAUCGAAAAAAAAACCUCGUUCUAAUUACGUGUGGAAUGAACACAUGGAGGUUGGCAAAACUCACAUGUCACGUGAUUCGAAAUGCAAUUUUUCCGUUCAAACUAAUUUGCGCGGAAUUCAAUUGGAAAAUGCAUUCCAGAGUGGCUCGGCCAUAGAAAGUGUCAACUUUUCCCAAAUCAAAAAAAUCGUUCGCACUCUUAUUCACAUGAAAACUUGUUCAAAGUAUGUUGUUAUUGUUGAAAUCACUUUAAUCGAACACAAUCAACCGCGCGCACGAAUAAAAAAAAAUUCCCUCUUACCAGCCGCAAAAAAAAACGUUGUUACGAAAUCAUUUCUUGAGAGACGAAACCGCGCACAGAAUUCGGAACGAGAAGUGUGGAAAAAGUACAGUGUCACACAAGCGAUUAAGAUCAAAAAUAUCGAAUCGUCGAUGUGCGCACAGCACACGGUGUGACCAAAUGGCCCAUACAUACAUGCUUGAAAAAAAAACGCUUUAGCGCAACUGAUAUAUACCAACGAUAACACACAAUAUUUCAUGCGAUAUGAUCAAGUGCGCAUUUUCACACCUCACCUGAAAUGAGUGUGAUGAAUGCUUGAGAGCGACCGAACGAACAACAACAACGGGAAAAGAAAUAAUAAUGCACCCAUACUUAAAGGCAAUCUCUUAUCUCGCGACGUUCAUAAUCAUCAUUUGACUAUUUGAGAAAAUUACUUUGUACACCUGCACACACUAUAUAUAUACCGAUUUUACCGAGAGAGAGAGAGAGAGAGAGAGAGUUCGCGCCAACGCUAACAAGCGAACGACUGGACCACUAACAGCAAAAGUGUCAGCUAGACACACAAACCAACGUACACACAAUUCUUACACUUAUCGUCGUUGGCCACCGAGAAAAGCGAUGAAGAAAAUAAAAAUAAACUACAAAAAAGUGUACGAUUCGAGCACAGGUGAAUACAAGCAACAUCUAAUCUCGAAGAAAUCGGAGUAUGAGUUGAACAACUUUAAACAUUCAUUUCAAGUUCUAUUUUUUCCACACGCGCGCACAUCGAACAUGCACACACAUAAACGCUGGCUCGCCCAUGUCAAUGCUAUCAGUGCGAACCGAGUGUUAUGUUUACAUUUAUUUUCAAUUAUUAUUGUGUGUACAUACUGGAAUCCAUUGAAUUUCAAGCGAUAGGUUGACGUUUACUUGGAUAAAGGAUCACACUCAAAAACCCAAAGAGAGGAGAAAAAAAGCCAUUUUUGUCACGUCAAAUUUUGAUCAGAGACUCGUUUCUCCGAAAUUGUAAUAGCCAGUUGGAAGCUACAGGGUAAAUUAACGCCUUUCAAAGUCGAAGCAACUGCCUUUUUUGUUUUAUCGUUUUCUAAGUCUCCGCAGCUGCAAAAACGGAAAAAUUGUGAAAUUCAAUAAUAAUAAGCUAAUUUUAAUCAAUCUUGAACCGUAAUUACGGGAAUAACUCCAGCGAUUUGUUGCAUUUCGUAACGGUAAAUGGUGUGUUUCGCUUGAUUGUUGCAGGUUUUUCAUUUCAUUCGUUCAUUGUAAUGGUUUCGUUUAAUGUUUCACAAAAAAAAAACGGUUGAUCAGACGGAUGGCCAAUCACAAUUACACACACGUACACACAAAAUAAGUUAACGAGAAGAUUUGCAUGCAUUACAAACUAUAGUUUGAUGAUAACUAUCAUCACUGAAUAUGCUUACCGUGUAUUGAACAUUUUGAUUUCAAUCGAAUAAUAAUUGCCUUGGAAAAUGUUGAUUAGAUCAGUAUAUUAGUUAGGUAUAUGAAAAUCCACCCGAAACGAACGAACAGGCAUCGACAACGGUAAACCACACAAAUGCUUUCAGUAUACCACCAUUUGCAUAGUGUCACAAAAUUCAACUGAAAAUCCAUUUGAGAGUGAGAAAAGACAAUUGCAAUUGCUCCAGGUUGACACUUCGAAUAUUCAAUUGUGGCGAUGGCAGCGGCGGAGGCAGCAGCAUUGUGUUGUUUGCCAUUUAAUUUGAAUAUAUUUUUCUAUUGUUUGCCGUUUGUGCCAUUCUUAAACUCAAUGUGUAAGUAUUUCAUAAACAAAAGUCAAUAUGAGGCCCAAGCCAAGUGGGUUUUGUACAAAUACGUUUUUGUUCACAUUUCAAUUUAAAGGCUAGAAUUCAUUGAGUCACGUCGUCGUCAAAACGGCAGAAGGUAGAAAUAAAAGAAAAGAACAUUGUCGAUGUCGGAUGUUAUUUGACUUCUGUAUGUUGUCUCAUUGACUGAGACGGUUGAAUUUGGAAGAUCUUGGGCUGUCUGAUGACGAUUCCGGAGACGAUUUAGCGAUGGAAGAGGAUGCGGAGGCAAAUGAAACUCAAUUCAAACCAAUGGCAAAGCACAAUCGGUCGAAUUUGGAAGAUCUUGGGCUGUCUGAUAGCAAUAACAGACAGCGAUUUGAUUCGGAUAUGGAUGUGGACCAACAUUCAAUUGAAACCCAGUUUGAUGAAAGCCAGCGAUUUGAUUAUAAUUUUGAUAUAAAUGUGGACCAACAUUUAAUCGAAACCCAGUUUGAUGAAACCCAGCAAUUUGAUAAUGAACAUUUAAUUGAAACCCAGUUUGAUGAAGAACUAGCAGCAGAAAAGACUCUAACACCGGAAAAAGUCGCAGCCUCAGCACUGGUACCAGCCGAUCUUGUUGAGCCCGUAGCUCAUUCGUCAAAUGCUCGUACGGAAAACUGUGAAGCUGCUGACACAGCAGCGGACACAGAGGGUGCACCAUCGAUGGGCUUUCGAUUCGAUCCAGCUGCUUUGGUAUUCGACGUAACGAAACUGGAGCAAAUCGAUCCUGCACUACAUCAUCUCUAUAUUCAGCCUGAGAUUGAUGUAUUUGCAGCACCAGAACGGAAAAAUUUCCCCAACUAUACGCUAUUCAUAUACGAUUCUUUGCACAACCCUGCAUUAAUUGAAUUGAUGAAGAGCAAAGACACACAUUCGUUAAUGGCAUUGGAGAGUAUCAAUCGCAACAAAAUCUUUUCAGGUCGCCUUGAAAAUUUGUCAAAACCACCGACCGAGUACAUAACCACACAAUAUAAAAAACUUAGUGGGCAAGCACCUGGUUUCAAAUUCAGACGAGUCAAAGAGCCAGUUGCCGUCGAUGGUUAUUUUUAUUCAAAAAAAAAUUUGGUGGAAAUUGCUUUUUUUCUUGAACGAAGAACCCUUUUUUUUUACGUAUGACCAGAUGAAAGUACAACCAUUUGAAUUCCAUUUAGUUAGGGCAAACUGGUCUGCAUUCGAUGAACGGGUGUUUAGUAGUGUCUUCAAAAACCAGUACACCAACAGAUUAAGAUAUAAACUCGGAUUGUUACGUUUAGAUAUAGAUAACAAAAUUUGGAAUUCAAAGAAUAUGUCAAGUUGCUUUAUGUACACACACAGAAUAAGAAAGGUUGGAAUACAUGAAUCCAAAAAAUUACAAUUUGGGUUGAAUUCAAAUGGUAUUCAUUACAGUAUGGCAGAAUAAAAAAAAAUAUAUUCAAGAGAAAUCAAACUA